GACUCACUGUAGUCUCUCUCUGUGUAUCGCCGUGAUAGUAAACGCACUCACUUCUAUCUCCGUGAUCCACAGCGGUCCGGCAUUUUUGCAAAAUAGUGCUCUGCUGUGAAUGGCGCCCUCGGAAUACGCUUGCGCUGUAGGCAUUACCAACCUGCUUUCCUGCCAAAUACAUGCCCUAGAUGCAGACUCGCUGCGCGGCGUCGGAUGCUGUGUGCAGGUGGGAGAGCAAAACACUCGCGUGGACGCUGACUGAGAAGAAGGCGAAAUGACAAGGACAGGUCUUGUAGUUGGUUGAUAAAGAAAAGCCUUGGUUAGACCUCGCCGCACAUAUUCUUACGUUAUUAUUUACUGUAGCCUACAUCCAUCCGCAAUAUCACAGUUUUUACUCUCUCCGAGUGAUGCUUCUGCUGCUGUCUAUGCAGCAUCCUGAUCCUGAGCUCUGACCCUAAAAAUCUCAAGGCCCCUCUUUACCCUGCUACUGGCACUGCUUCACCCACAGAAGAUAGAUGAGCCUGGGAGGUGGUGCUUGAGCGAAGUCCCACUGGGAGAAGUAAUGCUCUGUGUGUAGACUUUCCCCUAUUCCAAUCAUGAGCCACCAGGAGGCGCUGCAUGGCCAGGAGUUGGGAGAGGCGGCUGAGGCAGACUUGGAGCGCCGGGGCCCCGAGGGCCAACAGCCCCCCUCAUCCCACCGUAGACACCAUGACAAUGGAGAUGGCAGCUCCCGCUCCGGUCGACCCCGCAACCACGGUACAGAGAAUAAUCACUACCAGUCCCACCAGCAGGGGGCCCCACGCUAUCGCAGGUAUGAGGGAUCUAACGGAGGGACGAACCGCACGCGUGCUGCAAGAAGAACUGCAGAAGAAGGGGACACUCAGCAGCAACCCGUUCAGCAGCCCAUACCGAGACCUGCAGUGACACGCUACCGCAGACAGGGAGACAACGAGGCCCUAAUCCGAGCUCAGCAACAGAGACAGCGACAGCGGGAGAGGCAGCAGAGAGAUGCCGAGAGAGCUGAACAGCACAGACUGGAACAUCAACAGCAUCUUGUCUCACCUACACAAGCCAUGCUGCCCAGUAGAGAGCCGGAGGAAGCUGAGGAAGAUGAGGGCGACAGCGGCAGUGCUUUGCCCCGAUCUGCCAGCACUGAGAGUGGCUUCCACAACCACACAGACCGGGCAGAGGGGGAUGCAGUCAUGGUCACGGAAGCAGAGCCUGAAGAUGAAAGCACAUACGGUAUCCCGCUUCGCCCGGAAUCAGAGGAGUACACAGAGAGCGCAGAGUCAGAGCAACAGCACGGUGGUCCAGCUUACCUCCAACCCCAAUACCCACCUCAGCCUCCACCGCUACCUCGAGAGCCCCUGCCCAAUGCUGAGAGGCCCCAUGAUGCAGAGAUGCUAAACCCCAACUACUCUAAUUAUGUUUACACUCAACCCAUAUACCGCAGUCCCAUCGGAGCAGAAGAGGCCCGUGAAGGUGGAGCAACAGAAGAUGAGGCGUACUCUGAGCCCUAUGCUGAAUACACCCUUCAGGAGCACGUUUAUGAGGAAAUCACGGACGCACCCUCAACCAAAGCCGAGGGACAAACUCCGCAAAAAUGCAGGGCAGAGUUCAGGCUCUUCGAUCGUGACCUCUACCAGCAACAGGAGGCUGUUGGGUCCAGGCUCCACCACUACGAUGAGCGAUCCGAUGGAGAGUCGGACAGUCCUGAAAAGGAAGCAGAGUUUGCCCCAUACCCCCGUGCUGACAGCUGCGAACAGGAUGAGGACAUUGACCAGAUCGUGGCAGAGGUGAAGGAGAGUCUGAGCUCACAGAGCCUGGAACGUGUCGCCAUGGGCCUAGACAAGGACGGGAAUGAAAAAGAAGAGUGGCCUGAGUCAGAGUCCCAUGGUCAGAUGGACGAAAUCAAGCCCAAUGAGCCAAUGGGCGAAAGACAGGGUGUAGAACAGCCCCUUAGAAGUCCCUCAGAAGAGCCAACUCCAGUUAUAAAGAGCAGUCGUGAGAAGAGAGAUGCAAUCUCACUAGCUAUUAAGGACAUCAAAGAGGCAAUUGAGGAGGUGAAGACAAGGACGGUCCGUUCGCCCUACACGCCAGACGAGCCCAAAGAACCCAUCUGGGUAAUGAGGCAGGACCUGAGUCCUACAGCAGAAUCUGACCUGCAGCCGUCUCUGGGGGCUGAUUCACCAGGCUCAGGCUCCACCUCCCCACAGGGGGCGGAGUCUUCCAGCCAUCACCUGCCAUCACACGAGGGGAGUGACAGCUUUGAGUCUCCGUCUCCAGCCAGUAAAGAGUCGAGGAGAAGUCUUGCUUCAUUCCCAACAUAUGUAGAAGUACCAGGCCCAUGUGACCCAGAGGACCUCAUUGAUGGUAUUAUCUUUGCUGCUAACUACCUGGGAUCCACUCAGUUGCUCUCAGACAAGACACCUUCCAAAAAUGUACGCAUGAUGCAGGCUCAGGAGGCUGUGAGUCGCAUUAAGACGGCCCAGAAAUUAGCCAAAAACAGGAAGAAGGCUCCAGAAGGUGAAGCUCAGCCCAUGACGGAGGUGGACCUCUUCAUCUCCACUCAGAGAAUAAAAGUGCUCAAUGCAGACUCGCAGGACACCAUGAUGGACCACCCUUUAAGGACCAUCUCCUACAUCGCUGAUAUUGGGAACAUUGUGGUGUUGAUGGCCAGAAGGAGAAUGCCUCGCUCCGACUCUCAGGAGAACAUGGAAGCCUCUGACCCAGCUCAGGACGAGAAGCGCCAAUACAAGAUGAUCUGUCACGUGUUUGAGUCUGAAGAUGCUCAGCUCAUAGCUCAGUCCAUUGGCCAGGCUUUCAGUGUGGCGUACCAAGAGUUCCUGCGUUCCAAUGGCAUCAACCCAGAGGAUCUGAGCCAGAAAGAGUACAGCGACCUCCUUAACACACAGGACAUGUACAACGAUGACCUCAUUCACUUUUCCAAGUCUGAGAACUGCAAAGAUGUUUAUAUAGAGAAGCAGAAGGGAGAGAUUCUUGGGUUGGUGAUCGUGGAGUCGGGCUGGGGCUCUAUCCUGCCCACGGUUAUUAUAGCAAACAUGAUGCACGGCGGCCCGGCCGAGAAGUCCGGCAGACUGAACAUCGGGGACCAGAUUAUGUCUAUCAAUGGCACCAGCCUGGUGGGGUUACCCCUCUCCACCUGCCAGAGUAUCAUCAAGGGACUGAAGAACCAAUCCAGAAUAAAACUUAACAUUGUGAGAUGCCCACCUGUGACCACUGUCCUCAUCAGAAGACCAGACCUGAGAUAUCAGCUGGGAUUUAGUGUGCAGAAUGGCAUUAUCUGCAGUCUGAUGAGAGGAGGGAUAGCAGAGCGCGGCGGGGUGCGUGUCGGCCACCGGAUCAUUGAAAUCAAUAGCCAGAGUGUUGUGGCCACCCCUCAUGAGAAGAUUGUACACAUUCUGUCAAAUGCAGUUGGUGAGAUUCACAUGAAGACCAUGCCGGCUGCCAUGUACCGCUUGUUAACAGCCCAGGAGCAACCAGUUUACAUCUGAAGCUACAUACGACGCUUUCCCAAGCCUCCUGCCCUGUUGUCACCAGAUAUAACCUUAAUCUUGAUGUGAAACUGUCAGCCCUGUGGACUGGUGACUGAAUCGACUGAAGCUCUGCUCGCCAUGGCUUUCUUUUCACUGCCUCCCUGAGCUCUUCAUCUCUUCUGCUCUGUUGCUGUGAGUGAGUAUGCUGUGCUGUGUAAUUCCUCUCUCUGUGUGCACUCAGCCCGCCUCGUGAAAGGAAGCAGAGAGAGAGAGAGAGAGAGAGAGAGAUAUGUUGAAGAGCCCCAUCGCAGAAAAUAGCUAUUGAAACGAUAUACCUGGGUAACAAAAACUACACCUGUGUGAUCCCUAGGUGUGCAAAAUGAAAAAGGAAUUUGCCUUACCAUACUCUCAUAAUGUUAUUUAUUCAAGCUUGGCAAGCAUCAAGUGUUUUAGAGUCAACUUGAAUUUUAAGGACAGCUGUUAGUCUGAGGGAUAUGGUGGAAAAUGGUAAAAAUGUUGAAAAAUUAAAUCCAGAACUUAUUUAAUUGGUCAAACCCCACAGGAUGUUGAAUUGGAAUUUUAAAUUGGAAUGAAAGGGAAGUUAAUUCACUUAAUUGCAAGUCAAAGACAUCCAUUAGUUAUUAUUACAAAGAAUGAUCACGUCAUUCAUUUUGACUAAGUAGGUCUAUAUAUUUCCUGAUAUGU